UCCCACUUUUCACAGAGCUGUACGCACCGGCCAGGGUCACGGUCAAGGGUACCACUUAUAGAUCAGGCAUGAUAGUGUUUAUGUCCUAUGACAAAGAUGGGGACCCUCAGUUUGGGCUUAUAAAAACCAUUUUGGUUCUUGAGCAAAUGGGCAACUUGAGAAUAAAGCUUGUUGUGCAGAAGUGGGAAACACUGGGGUUUGAAAAACAUCUUUUUGCGUACAGUGUGAUCCCCACUAAGGAUUUUUUAGCUAUUGAUGUGGAAGAGCUGCUUGAUCAUCAUCCAUUACAUGCAGUCAAGUCAUACAGAGAACAUGAUGACACUUCUUACAUCUCUCUGCGCUACAGACUUUUUUAGACUGCAGUUAAGCAUGUGAACAGCCACUGCCACUGUUGACACGGCUUUGUUGACGUGAGAACACACCAACCAAAUUAAGUUAGUCUUAAGUAAUUCUGCCUCAUUGGAAGAUGAUCAGUAUCACCCCAAUCACUCAAUGAAUGACAAAUAUUUAAACAACUUGGAGGGGACACUACUUGAACUACUGAGAUUGGAUAAAUUGGACUAAGUAAAAAAGGGUUCUAAUGCUCCGGCAGCUGCUGCGUCACCUCAACCUUCGACUUCUAAUGAAUCCAGAAGCCAUGAUGCUGACCUCAUAUGCCCCCUGGAAGAAUCGGCAAAUCAGAUGUUGGUGUUAGAAGCAGUUCCACCACUUGAUAUCCGACAGGUUCUUUCUGCAGUGUCCAGUGGCAGAGAAAUAAUAAAUAAUCUUCAAGACACUGGAGUCAUCAAUAGAAAACAAAGGAUCACUCUGACACAAAUUCUGGUGUCUUUUUUGAUUGAGAGGUUUGGACAGAGGCCAUCCACAAGCAUAAAACAGGCCCUGGCGCUAUCAUUGGUGCAGACAUUCCCGGCCCUGAAUGAUAAUUCAGACAGUGGCUAUGACAUAUGGUACACAAAAGCCAGGAAGCUAAUCAAGGAUGGAGGAGUGAUACACUACCCAGCCACGGGCUUCUUAGAAGAAAGACUAAGGAAUGUCAGAAAGAGGUCAAACCGUGGGUCCACCCAACAAAUGCCUGAAGCCAGCCAGUCACGAAGGGCAUACAUACCAGAAUCAACCGUUCCAGAAGAAAGAGCCUUCCAACAGAAGGAAUGGCUGAAACACAAUUCAGAGCCUUUCACUCAAGUGCAGUCCUACAUGAAGGACACAGUGUUAUCCAGAGCCAACUGGAUCCGGGGUAAUAGCUCCAAGGACAUACUGGAAAUCCUCACAGAGUACCCUCAUCUCACCAGUCCGGGCAUGAUUUUGCAGGACUUCCUGGUGCUGCAUGGUGAGGCUGCACCUAAAUUAUUUGAGACCUGGCUCCCUGAAUAUGCCGAAAAGGUCCUGUACUUGGCCAAACAGGAAAAUAAACUCCCUUCAGUUACUGUUGAGGACAUGACACUGGAUGCCAAAGGGGAACUAGCCCUUACACUGCUACCCACCAUGGUACCACAGGCCGUCUACAGAGUUGGGAAGAAGAGUAUCCGGCACUCCACUGAAGAGUCACGGACAGCGUUCAUACACCAAAUGCCUGUUGGAACAAAUAUGGUGGAAUACCUCCAGCAAUCACAGCCAUUCCCCUCUGUUCUGGCGCUGGGAGAUCCCCAGCAAUGUGCAUCUCAGGCAUUUGUGAUAUUAGCUGGUCAAGCACUCCUCAGAGCACACUGCUUGGAGCAGUUGACUGCUGCACGAGAUGCUGACAGUGAUCUGUUGAGGAGAGAGAGGGAGAAUGAAACCGGUUAA